UCUGCUUAGUCAUGGUGACCUGCGCGCUCCGCGCCUCCCCCCGCGCGCGGCGAUGGAGGCUCCCGGGCCUGGGCGACGGAGGCGGAGCCCGAGCACAGCCAUGGCGGGGCCCCUGAGUGUCAGUGGUGGUGUUGUGCCUUGUCACCUGGAACUCCAUGCAGCCAGAAUCCAGGCCUAGCGGGGCUGGGGCCCACAACCAAUUUCUGCCCCUGCAAUCACAGCGCCCGGAGGGGGCAGGGGACGCAGUGAUGUACGCUUCUACCGAGUGCAAGGCUGAGGUGACACCCUCUCAGCAUGGCAACCGCACCUUCAGCUACACUCUGGAGGACCACACCAAGCAGGCCUUCGGCAUCAUGAAUGAGCUACGACUCAGCCAGCAGCUGUGUGAUGUUACGCUGCAGGUCAAGUAUGAGGAUGCACCAGCUGCCCAGUUCAUGGCCCACAAGGUGGUGCUGGCCUCAUCCAGCCCUGUUUUCAAGGCCAUGUUCACCAAUGGACUGCGGGAGCAGGGAAUGGAGGUGGUGUCUAUUGAGGGCAUCCACCCCAAAGUCAUGGAGCGUCUCAUUGAGUUUGCCUACACAGCCUCCAUCUCCAUGGGUGAGAAGUGCGUACUCCAUGUCAUGAAUGGUGCAGUCAUGUACCAGAUCGACAGCGUGGUUCGUGCCUGCAGUGACUUCCUGGUGCAGCAACUGGACCCGAGCAAUGCCAUCGGCAUCGCCAACUUUGCUGAGCAGAUUGGCUGUGCCGAGCUCCACCAGCGUGCCCGCGAGUAUAUCUACAUGCACUUUGGGGAGGUAGCCAAGCAAGAGGAGUUCUUCAACCUGUCCCACUGCCAGCUGGUAACCCUCAUUAGCCGGGAUGAUCUGAAUGUGCGCUGCGAGUCUGAGGUCUUCCAUGCUUGUAUCAACUGGGUCAAGUAUGACUGUGAGCAGCGGCGCUUCUACGUGCAGGCACUGCUGCGGGCUGUGCGCUGCCAUUCGCUCACGCCCCACUUCCUUCAAAUGCAGCUGCAGAAGUGUGAGAUCCUGCAAUCGGACUCCCGCUGCAAGGACUACCUGGUCAAGAUCUUCCAGGAGCUCACUCUGCAUAAGCCCACACAGGUGAUGCCCUGCCGGGCGCCCAAGGUGGGCCGGCUCAUCUACACAGCUGGUGGCUACUUCCGUCAGUCCCUUAGCUACCUGGAGGCCUACAACCCCAGUGAUGGCACGUGGCUCCGGUUGGCAGACCUGCAGGUGCCCCGUAGUGGCCUGGCAGGCUGCGUGGUGGGAGGGCUGCUCUAUGCUGUGGGCGGCAGGAACAACUCCCCUGAUGGCAACACCGACUCCAGCGCCCUGGACUGCUACAACCCCAUGACCAACCAGUGGUCACCCUGCGCCCCCAUGAGUGUACCGCGCAAUCGAAUUGGGGUUGGGGUCAUUGAUGGACACAUCUAUGCCGUGGGCGGCUCCCAUGGCUGCAUCCACCACAACAGUGUGGAGAGGUAUGAGCCAGAGCGGGACGAGUGGCACUUGGUGGCCCCAAUGCUGACGAGAAGGAUUGGGGUGGGAGUAGCUGUCCUCAACCGUCUGCUCUAUGCUGUCGGGGGCUUCGAUGGGACAAACCGCCUCAACUCAGCCGAGUGUUACUACCCAGAGAGGAACGAGUGGCGAAUGAUCACACCCAUGAAAACCAUCCGGAGUGGGGCAGGAGUCUGUGUCCUGCACAACUGUAUCUACGCUGCUGGGGGCUAUGAUGGGCAGGACCAGCUAAACAGUGUGGAGCGAUACGACGUGGAGACGGAAAUGUGGACUUUCGUAGCCCCCAUGAAGCAUCGGCGAAGUGCCCUAGGCAUUACUGUGCACCAGGGGAGAAUCUACGUCCUUGGAGGCUACGAUGGCCACACGUUCCUGGACAGUGUGGAGUGCUAUGACCCAGACACGGACACCUGGAGUGAGGUCACCAGCAUGACAUCCGGCCGGAGCGGGGUGGGUGUUGCUGUCACCAUGGAACCCUGCCGGAAGCAGAUUGACCAGCAGAACUGCACUUGUUGAGCCACUUUUGUUUCUUGAGCAAAAAUACGGUCCGAUGGAGAGUAUUGUCAUUUUUGUACAAAAAACAGGACAAAAACAAAGGACACAGAGCAAGUGCUUGUGCUCUAGUAAGAGGCCAGGACGCCUCAGUGCUAAAUGACAACUCGGAAGAAAAGAAGGCCAAAAUGGGAGCCCAUGAAGAGAAGACCCAGAGAACUGCUUGGGAGGGGGUGCGGAAAGGAGAAAGUCCCCCACCUGCUAUGCCGAGACUAGGACUGGGUCCCACAACAGCAGCCACUGCCUCCCUUUGGGGUGAAAGCAGGUGCUGACAUCAGGUAUCUCUGUGAUUGGAUCCUGGAGGGCUGGGAAGGGGCCAUCAGAGGCCCUUCUGGAGAUGUAGACCCUAGGAAUGGGCCUGUACAUAGAAACCACUGGAUAUCUCUGCCCUGAACAGCCAUUUUGUUGAUAAACAACCUUGUAACUUUGCAAUGAAAAUAAAAAACAAACUAACUAAUGUCUUCCACCUAGGCUUUCAGCUGGAGGUCUUGAACCCAGGGACAGAAAGGACUCUUCUGAAAUGCUUUCA